AUGUCUUCUGCUUAUGGGAAAAUCCCAAAGCCCUCUUCGGCUGUCAACAUUGACUCUAUCUUACCUAUCAAAAAGACCCUUCGUGACAAUACUGUAGCCACCCUACAGCGUAUAGACUCUAGCAAUAUUCCCUUGGUCCAAUAUCUUCAUGAAUUAUUUAAUGGCGAGAUUGAAUCCGGAUCAACAUAUCCUCAAGAAGAAACCUUGUCGUUUACUCAAUUUAAAGACUAUUUCUUAUCAUACGAUGCCUUUGUUCUUACAAAAGAAUUAAUCGAAAAUGACAAGGUCUACAAUUACGCAGAUCAAGUAAUUGGAAUGUACUAUGUCAAACCAAAUUAUCCUGGCCGUGCAUCUCAUAUAUGUAACGGUGGAUUCUUUACUUCUCCUAUUCACCGAGGCCUUGGAGCUGGCGUGGCUUUGGGAGAGACUUACUUGAUCAUUGCCCCAGCCCUUGGUUACAAAGCGUCCAUGUUCAACCUCGUUUUUGUCAACAAUGAGGCUUCAAUUCGUAUCUGGCGCCGACUCGGGUUCCAAGAAGUUGGAAGAGUACCCAAGGCUGCAAGACUCAACAAUUGCCCUGGAGAAUUGGUAGAUGCACUGAUGUUCUACUAUGACUUUACAGCGGAGAAAAAGAGCAGCAAGUAGACUACAUGUCAAAAAUGACAGUAUUGUUAACUAUAUAUGUAUCAAUAAAACCAAAUAAUAGUAGUAAUAAUAACAGUAUAUAAAGGUGUCGUUAAUCUGUUUCUGAGGAUCAAAUUAGCUAUCAAAUGAAAUGAAACGGAUGAUAGCAGUAAAAUGAUUAGAAUAUUACC